UUCCCGCACGUUCCCCACUGAGAUCCUCCCACUGCACGUCAUCUGCUCCCUCACUUCGAAAUGAACUUCUAUUGCUCUGUAAAGCUCAGUUAGUUGAAGUUUUAAUGUUUUUUAGUGACUUUUGCGAAUACGUACGAGAAUAAACAAAGGCGGAUAGUUGCCGACUGUGCUAUAUGUGGCUACGAAACACGUCUUCUCUCAGAUCUAGUUGCUAAUGGAAGCAUUGGUGGGCAUUUACACACCCAGAAUCUUCGGAGCUCAGAUCAUGUCAGUCUGGUGUUUAUGUGCUUUGCUCCUUUCUCUGAUUGAUCAAACAGAACAGGAUGCAGGGCACCAACUGUCAGUAAAAGAGGUGACAGUGUAUCCAGAAAAAAGUGACAUAUCUGAUAAUGGUGAAUGGGUGUUGAAUGUUAAAUGGAGAGAUGAGUUUGCUGAAAGUAACCAACCUGAGAAACUCACUUAUGACAUAGAAGUGCUUCGCACUGAAAAGAUGACGACCGUUCACUACGAGACCAUACAGGUGACGCCAGACCUAGCAGUCCUUCAUCACUGGAAAUGGACCUCAUCUUUACCACUGCAGUGCACCUCCCAUUCGGUCAAAUUGAGGCGCAGAGAUCCGCAUCAGACCAGCAACUGGACACAGUUAUACACUUACGAAGGACAAGAUCUACAUAUUAAUGCCAAAACAGAACUCGUCUAUCCUUAUGACCAAGUUUUCCUGGUUGGGAGCAACGUGACAUUCUGCUGCAUCUUGAGGACAGAGGAGGUUCAGUCAUUCAAUUCCUCUAAAUUUAAAAUCCGCAUCAGCAACAGGACAUUCAUCACUGAACCAGUUCACUUCCAAACCCCUACUGAUUCAUGGGGAGUGGACCAACAUUGUAUGGUUGAUGGAAGCACAGUAUUUAUUGGCUAUCCACCAGAUGACCAAAAUCUUACAUGUGUGACACGGGAUCUCAGCUCUGUGGAGUGUCACUGGAAAAAUGGCCGAAAAACCCAUCUUGAAGGAAAUAGAAGUACCAAAUACACACUUAAUGGAAGAGUUUGUACAUUUGACCAAUGUGUCCUACGUGAAAACAAUGUCACAAGGUGGACUCUGAUUGCCAGAAAUCCCCUUGGUGUGAAGACAAUCACUGAUUCAGCUGACCCCAAACACAGAGUAUGGUUGAGAGCACCAAGGAACAUACAAACCCGUGUGCUUCAUGCAACAAAUGCCACUCUUCAAUGGAGUUGGGACAUGGAAAAAUAUACUUCCUUUCCAAUGACAUGUCAAGUGGAGCUCAAUGGAUUCAUUUACAAUAAAACCUUCGAUGGACUGGGACUGUCAUCAAUUGUCCUUGAAGAUCUGCAGCCCUCUGCUUAUUACACCGCUAAAGUGCAAUGUGGGUCUUCUAAACACUUUUACAGGUGGGGAGACUGGAGUGAAAUGACUACCAUCACUACUAAAGAAGAAAUUCCAGAAGCAGUAGAUAUUUGGAUGCAAUAUUUGGAACAAAAUACAUAUAUUGUAUGGGAGCCUCUAACAAAACAACAAAGUCAUGGGAUAAUUUCAGGCUAUGAACUUACAAUAAGUGACUCCAAAAACACCAUCCACAGAGGAUUAGAGACACCACUGUGCCACAAUAUCACAUAUGGGAAUGAUAAAAGGGAUCAAAUAAUCACAAUCACAGCUAGAAACUCAGCUGGUCUUUCUCCACCUUCAAGCAUCACCAUCCCAAGCUAUCCAGACAAUGGAGUCAAUAUAAGCCAUAUCAACAGCAGUAAUGGUGGCUUUACAGUCUUUUGGAAAGAAAGCUUCAACUCCAGUUGUGGCUAUGUUGUUGAUUGGGUUUCAACCUACAGUAAAAAACAUUGUGCUGUCAAAUGGAGGAAGAUCCCAUCUGGUCACUUAAGUACCUGGAUUCCGUCAGAGUUUUUUCAGCCAGGAGUGAGCUAUACUAUCUCGGUCUACGCUUGUACUGCUGAUGCCCCACAGCUUCUGCAGAGGAGAGAGGGUUAUGCCAUAGAGCAACGACCCUUUGCGAAAGUUCAGAAUCUGAAAAUCGGUAAACAGGAAGGCAGAAAACUUGAGGUUUUCUGGGACACGGUGCCCUUAGACAAGCAAGGAGGCUUGAUACAGGGUUACAGGGUUGUAACAUUUCACACUGAUUCCAACACAACUAUCAGUACUAAAACAACAAAGGAGCUUAAAGUUAGUUUGACAUUAGAUCCUGGAUCCUACAUUAUCAACGUUAGUGCAUAUACAUCUGCAGGAGAAGGUGAUAACGCCACACUCAUGUUACUGGUGGAAAAAAGCAUUUAUCAGAUGAUUGUGGGCACUGUUGUGGGCUCCAGCGUAGUGGCCCUUGUCUUCGUUAUCAUUUCAGUUCUUUGCUUCAGGAAGAGAAAUUGGUUAAAGAAAAUAUUAUAUCCAGAUAUUCCUGCACCAAAACUUAAAGGGGAAUGGACUAAAAAGAUGUUUUAUUGCGACCAGCUGACUGAGGGGUAUAUGAAGUGUGAGAUUCAGAAGGGCUGCAAUUCAGAGCAUCUUCCAGCGUCACAAGAAAGUGGCAAUAUCAGCCAUACCUCCAGAGUAUGUCAUGCACGUCCUUUCUAUCAGAAUACAUCUGAAUCUCCAGUUGCUGUCUCAUCCUCUCCAGCUGAUACCCCUUCCAACUCAUUGGAGUCUUCAUUAUUGUGGCUCUGUGUUGAGAAGCUGAGCUCAAUUAUUGAAAACCCAACAUACAAUACAACCCUGCUAGGAUCAGUCGAUGUUUCACAAAUAUCAGAGCUCACGCUGGAAAUGCAGGACUCUUACCUCCCAGCACCUAACUUUGUUCAUAAUAAUUCUGAUGUUAAGAACUCAUUGGGUUACAAGGCAAGCCCCAAUCAUUAUGACCUAUAAAUGCAUAGAUAAACAGACUCUAAUGCAGCAGUAUAUAAUGUACAUCAUCUGAGUUAUGCAUAUGUGAGCACCAUUAAUAGCUAAAUAGUAGAAUAUAAGACCCACUGUAAAUGAUGCCUAUGCAAACUUGAAUGGAUGUGGGAUACUGAGGGAUAGUUCACCCAAAAAUGAAAGUUCUAGCAUUAUUUACUCACCCUCAUACCAUCCCAGAUGUGUAAGUCUUUCUUCUGCUGAACAAUAUUUCAGCUCUGUAGGUCCUCACAAUGCAGGUGAAUGGUGACCAGAAUUUUAAAGGUCAAAAAGGGACAUAAGAGAAAAUAAAAGUUGUAUGGAUUACUUUUAUGCUACCUUUAUUAAAUUCUUCUCUAUUAAUAAGAAUUUUUCUCUUAUUAAAUUCAUGACUUUAGAAGCAAUAUAGGUGUAGGCGAGAAACAAAUCAAUACUUAAGCCCUUUUUUAUUGAUAAUCUACACUUUCAUUCUGUUGUGGACGUGAUUUUCACAUUCAGCCACCAACUGGUUUGGGCUGGUCAACAGUGGAAAUUUAUAGUAAAAAAAAAAGACUUAAAAAUCAAUCUGUUUCUAACCCUCACCUAUCAUAUAACUUCCGCAGACACGGAUUUAACCUCUGAAGUCAUAUGGAUUACUUUCAUUCUGCCUAUAUGUGCUUUUUUGACCUUCUGUGUUCUGGUCACCAUUUACAUGCAUUGUAUGGACCAACAUUCAAGUCAUUUUUAUUUCACAACACAUCAUUUCAAAGCAGCUUUACAGAAGAUCUUGCAUUAACAGAAAAAUAAACUGUAAUAUCUAUAAAUUCUUAGUCAUGAUUGUAAAUUGUGUAAAAAAAAUAAUGAUUAAAUAAUAAUUAUAUUUAUAACCCCAGUGAGCAAGCUGAAGGCAACUGUGGCAAGGAACACAAAUCACCAUAAGAUGUUGGUUAAUGGAGAAAAAUAACCUUGGGAGAAACCAGACACUGUGGUUGCCAGUUCCCCUCUGGCUAAAUGCAUGAAUAUAAUGCCAAUAUUAGUUAUUUAUGUGUAGUGCAAGUCGUGGUUUAAAAAUAGUAAACUAAGUAAGUGUUAAGGGUCAGUGUUUAAACAAAGAUUUUGUAUGAACUGUAAGAUUGAUGACUAAUGCCUUUGAAGUCCAUCCUGGAUUAACUGCAGAAGUUCACAUAGAUGCAUUGUCUUUUGUUAGUUGGCUGAUAAAGGCUUUUAUUGGCACUUCAUUGAUGUCUUAUGGUUGGAGUUGGCAUCAGUUCAUACUCUGAAGUCCAUAGUUAUUAACUGAAGUGAUGUCUGGCUGGCACUGGAUGCAUUUAGUCAUCAUCUCUCAGAGACACGUAGCAGUAGAGUCCGACACCAAGCAGGAACGGAGCUGGAUCUGGCCAGCUCUGGUAACCUCGAGAGAUGAAUCCCGAGGUUGAGACAGGGAAACAAAUUGAAUUAUAGUAGCGUAGAUGCCAUUAAAUUGUUUUGCACUAUUACAGAUCAUGAUAAAUAUUUCUGGUUCCGGCAGACCUAACUAAAGCAGUCUAAUUGUGAGUUGAUGGAUAAAUUAGGUGUAUGCCUGGCUAAAGAGAUGAGUCUUUAGUGUAGACUUAAACUGAGUGAGUGUGUCUGCAUCCCGAACAUUGUUAGGGAGACUAUUCCAUAGAUUAGGAGCAAAACAGGAAAAGGAUCUACCUCCUUUUGUGGAUUUUAACAGGCCAGAAUUUUGCGAUCUUAAUGAACGUGAUGGAAUAUAGCAUGGUAGAAGGUCACAUAAGUACCGCGGAGCUAGACCAUUCAAUGAUUUGUACGUAGUUAACACAUUUUUUUAAUUAAUAUGAAAUUUAACAGGUAGCCAAAGAAACAGUGAUAAAAUGGGGCUAAUAUGAUCAUAUUUCUUGGUUCUAGUUACUCUAGCUACUGUAUGUUUAACCAAUUGAAGUUUAUUUAUUGAACUUGCAGGACAUCCUCCCAGUAAUGCAUUACAAUAAGCUAGUCUUGACGUCAUGAACACAUUUGUUUUUCGGCAACUGAGAACUUGUCAUAACUUCUAUAUUUCUGAGGUGGAAUAAUACAGUUCUACAAACAUUGGAAAUUAGAUUUUCAAAGGACAGACUGGUAUCAGAUAUAACACACAAAUUCUUUGCUUUAGAAGACGAUGUACAUCCAUCGGGAGUCAAAUUAUAUUUUAGCGGCUUAUUUUUAGAGGUUUUUGUCCAACAAUUAGUACCUCUAUUUUGUCGGAAUUGAGUAGAAGGACAUUUCUGGCCAUCCAAUCUUUUAUUUCAUUGAUACACUCUGCUAUUUUGGAGAAUUCUGAAAUUUUGUUGAGUUUCAAAGAAAUAUUAAGUUGGGUAUCAUCGUCAUAACAGUGGAAACUUAUUCCACAUUUCCUGAUAAUAUAUCACAGGGGAAGCAUAUACAUGGAGAAAAGAAGAGGCCCUUAAACUGAUCCCUGUGGCAUCCCACCCUUGUUAAAAAAAAAUAUGCUAAGUAUACUUGAAGCCAGACUAAGUUAAGUAUGCUUCAAUUGUGUUAAAUUAGUUAACUUAAAGAGUGCUAUUUUGAAACAACUAAUUUUGUACUAAGUAUAUUUUAGUUGUAUUUAAAUUGUAGUAAAACAAAACUUUAAGUGUAUUUAGUGUACUUUUGUGUACUAAAUUGGAACAACUUCAAGUAUACUUAGUAUACUUUAAGUAUAUGCCAGUGUAGGGUAAUUACAUGCUUGAUUAGUGAUAUUAAAGUAUACUUUAUUUGUGUUACAAGUACAUUACAAAUUAAUUGCAAGUACAUUACAAAUUAAUUGCAAGUGUAUUCAAAACAUACAAACAAUAUACCAUAAGUGUAUUAUAUUUGUGUUACAUGUACAUUACAAAUUAAUUGCAAGUGUAUUCGAAACAUACAAACAAUAUACCAUAAGUGUAUUAUAUUUGAGUAAAAAGUAUAUGCUCAGUAACACCUUUGGCUUAUUCAAAAUACUACAAAUUGCACACUUUGUCUUCAAUAUCAAACUGUUAUUACUUAGCCAUACUUUGUACAAUACAGUUUAAACAUUACAUCGUCUUACACAAGACAGUAUUUUAAAUGUGUUACUUCCUUCAUACACUGUAAAAUUGUACAUGUUCAGUUUACUUAAAAAUUAAGGAAACCUAUUGCCUUAUUUCUGCAAAGAAAACUUACUUACUAAAAUGAAGUUAUAUUAAUGUUCCUAUGCAAGUAAUGUCAACUUGUUAUUCAACUUAAUAGUAAAUUUGUAGUUAACUUAAUUUUUUUUGUUAAUGUUCUAUAAAUUAAUUAGUAACCAUACUAAUUAUUUAUUAGUAGAAUACUCUAUUAAGUAAAUUAACUUUAAUACAAUUUGUUCACUUUAAAUCUGAAAAACCACUAAUCUCAACAUGAGUUUACUGUGUCACUUUUAAGUGGUGUACACUUAAAAUACUACGUGCAAUCGGUUUCCACAUUCUCUUUAAGUAAACUGAACAUAAUUUUUGUAGUUCAAAUAACACACCUAACAAGUUUGAAAUUCUCAACUGUUUAUUUGCAUAAUAAACAUCUGAAACUCUAAGAACAACACAAUAAAAAAAACAAUCUGUUCGCAAGACUUCGACCUCUUGCUGCUUGACAACAUAAUAUCUGGACCAUAAACAAGGUAUAGAGCAUUUGCAGAACAGGCACUGUGCAAACUCCAAAAAAUUAUUUAUUUAAUAAAAAAAGAAAAGAACCUUUACAAUUUGGAAAAACCUGCAUGUGUCUUUGGAAAGAUUCUUAAACUGAACUGCAAUUACAGCAAAAUAUGCCAGAAACAAGUUCAGCUUAAAGUUUUAAGGGUUUGGAGACCCUUAAAAGACAGAAAUGUCUUUUUUCUCCCAAAGACAGAAAUACCCGCUGAAUAAAAUCAAAUGUGUUUCUCAUUGUCUUUGGAUGGUCUAAAUUUAGAGCAUAGAUCAAAGCAAAGUGGAGACAUACAGAAUGUGGCAAAUUUGGGACAUCAUCCAUGACAAUUCUUCCCUCCAUUGCAUCCACGUUGAGGGCAUGUGGAUGUUUGGCAGGCUUGCCUUCAGGUA